UAUGAAAAACAAAACAAGGCACAUUCUCUCUCUUCCUCUCAGUUUUCCGUCAGUCCCUCCUCUCUCUCUCUCCGCUAGGGUUUCCAUCCUCUUGAACAGAGAUUUCGAAUUUACGUUGGAGUUGUACAGAUCGAGAUUUUCCUACUAGACAAUCUUUGGAUUGGUAUAUAGUUUUGUCCGAUUCUUCAAACUACAGGCGAAGAGAUCUGAAUUACUGAACCUGAAGAUAAUCAUAAGAAGAAGAAGAUCUUAUUAGGUUCCAGAAGAUGGUGUACAUAAGUUCGUGGGACGAAUUUGCGGAACGAUCUAUCCAAUUGUUUCGCGCGGAUCCCCAUUCCACAAGGUAUGUUAUGAAAUACAAACAUAGUGAUGGGAAAUUGGUUCUCAAAGUUACUGAUAAUCGAGAGUGUCUUAAAUUCAAGACGGACCAGGCACAGGAUGCUAAGAAGAUGGAGAAACUAAACAACAUCUUUUUUACUCUGAUGGUUCGGGGUCCUGAUGCUGAUAUAGAAGCAUCUGGAAAAGAGCAAGCAGAAACGCAACCAACCAAAAAGGGAAGAGGAAGAAAACAAUGACAUGCUCAUCAUUUUCGAAGGAUUUCAAUUUGUCUGUGGAGACAUAUCUUGUUUUUUCUUUUUUUUUCCAGUAAUAUAGAGCAGUGAACGGGAUAAAUCCUUGAUGUCAAGGAAUUUGACAGAUAUCUUUUAAAUCCCUCAAUGUUCUGUUUUUUUUAGUUAAAUCUUAUGGAUUCAUGUACAGUACAGUCAACUUUUGCCUCUAAUUUCAAUUUUGACAGAUUCAUGUAAA